UUUUAAAGCGACACGACAUCCGGUUUUGUCUCUACGUCACAUCCGCACCAAUGUUGGCUAACGUUGCUCGGGAUUUAUUUUUAACGCAGCCAACGGUUCUUUGCACGCGUUUCAUGGAAGCGUCGAUUUGCACGGCUCUCAAGUGACGCCUUUUAAUCCAAUUUUUGGAUCCACGCUUUGAAACUUUGCGUGUGAGCGAGCGCUUCCUUUGUUAGCCCGGUUUUAGCUUAGCUUUAGCCAUGCUGUCGCUCUUAUUCUGCUCGGCGUUGACCAAACACGGCCGCUAAACAGUUAACUUUCCGUUAAAACUCGUUUUUCUUCCUUCCGACGAGGCUUUUUUUUGUGAAAUUUAAUCGUUGGGGUUCAAUGCGGGGAGUAGUUUCGCUUUCUGUUGCGGUGUUAGCUUAGCCGCAGGAUAGCGGACGGUCUUUUUUGUUGUUUGUGUUAUUUUUGUCUUUUUGACGUCAUGGCUUCGUCAUCCGGCAACGACGACGACCUAACCAUCCCGCGCGCCGCCAUUAAUAAGAUGAUUAAGGAGACGUUGCCCAACGUGCGCGUGGCCAACGACGCACGCGAGCUAGUGGUCAACUGCUGCACGGAGUUUAUCCAUCUCAUCUCCUCGGAAGCCAACGAGGUCUGCAACAAGUCGGACAAGAAGACAAUCUCGCCCGAGCACGUCAUCAACGCUCUGGAGAGCCUGGGCUUUGCCUCGUACAUCGCGGAGGUGAAGGACGUGUUGCAGGAGUGCAAGACAGUGGCCCUGAAGAGGAGGAAGGCCAGCUCACGCCUGGAGAACUUGGGCAUACCCGAGGAGGAGCUGCUCCGCCAGCAGCAGGAGCUCUUCGCCAAGGCGCGGCAGCAGCAGGCGGAGCUGGCCCAGCAGGAAUGGCUGCAGAUGCAGCAGGCGGCGCAGCAGGCCCAGAUGGCGGCAGCCGCGGCAGCGGCCGGUUCCGCCGCGGCCCAACAGGCCGGCUCCUCUCAGGACGAAGACGAAGACGACGACAUGUGACGGCCGCCUCAAUGACUUUAAAUGGGACGUCGGGAGACUUUUUGGCUUUUUUUUUUCUCAAAAAAACAACAAAAAAAACAUGACUGAUCGGCAUCACCAAAGACUGACGCCUUGACGACGACACUUUGGCUUCACUUGUUCAUUCCACAAAACUUCAAGCAAUAAAUAGUCUUUUUUUU